AUGGCAAACCCUCAACCCGAUGACUUUGACUCCCUCUUCAAUCUCGAAGAAGAAUACUACACCGAAGGCUACAAUCUCGGCGUAGCAGACGGUUCCCGCGCCGGCCGCAUCGAGGGCCGCCUUUUCGGUCUCGAGAAAGGCUUCGAGAAGUUCGCAACCAUGGGAGCCCUAGCUGGUAGAAAUGCCAUCUGGGAAGCAAGGAUUCCGGAUCAAAACUCUGCUACUGCUGAGAACGAAAGCAAAUUCAGACUCCCCAAAUUGUCUGGAGGUGCUAGAUUACAAAAGCAUUUGCAGACUCUGUUUGCUCUGACAGAAGCCGAGAGUUUGUCUACUGAGAAUAAUGAAGACUCGGUCUCCGAUUUUGAUGACCGCCUCAAGCGUGCGGAGGGCAAAGUCAAGGUCAUUGAGAAAUUGGUUUCUGAGGGUCCCCUAGUGCUUGAAACUUCUCAGCCCGCUGCUCCUGGCAGUGCCAACACACAAGAAAGACGUCAAAUCAAGAUCAAGAGAGCAGAUGCUGGUGGUGAGAGUAGCAUGGAAGAUUUCAAUAUUCGCCAUGCUCGCUCUUGA